AUGAUCGCCGCUCGGAAACUACAACCCUAUUUCCAAGCUCAUCGGAUUGUGGUCGUCACCUCGUUCCCUAUAAAGUUGAUUCUACAUAAGCCCGAGGUCUCCGGAAGACUAGCAAAAUGGGCAGUCGAGCUAGGGGAAUACGACGUGAUCUUCAGGCCGGCCACGACAAUAAAAUCCCAGGUCCUAGCGGACAUUGUAGCUGAGUUCUCUCCAGAUCUACUCCCGGCUCAAGAACAGGAGGUACGCCUCCAGAAAGAGUCUGACGAGGAAGGAGAAUGGGUCUUGCAUGUAGACGGCUCCAGAAACACGGCCUCAAGAGCUGUAAGGUGUAACUUCAAAGCAACGAACAAUGAAAGUGAGUACGAGGCCUUGAUUGCAGGACUAUCGCUCGUCCACCAGCUAGGUGCCAAAAAAUACCAAGUCUACAGUGAUUCCCAGCUAAUUAUCAACCAGGUGCAAUUAGAAUAUCAAGCCAAAGACGACAGCAUGAUCCAAUAUCUGGCAGUCGCUCAGCGCCUCACAAGUAAGUUUAAAAGCUGUAAACUCACGCAGAUCCCCAGGGAGCAGAAUUCACAGGCCGACGCUCUGGCUAACCUAGGGUCGGCCCUCCAGACGCAGACUCAGAUGAGCAUCCCAGUAUUAGUGUUGCAAUGGCCGGCCACCCUAGAACCGUCGAACGAAGAGAUCUCUACCAUCGAGGCAGAAGAAACCUGGAUGACCCCCAUAGUUCGGUACCUAAAAGACGAUAUCCUCCCCGAAAAUCGCAAUGAAAGCAGGAAAAUCAAGAAACAGGCCGCUAGAUAUUGUCUAUCUCAGGAAGUAUUGUAUCGCAGGUCAUUCGCCGGUUCAUACCUGAGGUGCGUCACGCCCCGUGAAGCAGCUAGAAUCCUGGUCGAACUACAUGAAGGAGAUUGCGGAUCUCAUUCCAGCAGGAGGAGCCUGGUGCUGAGAGCUAAGAGAGCAGGCUAUUAUUGGCCAACAAUGGCGGAAGAACCUAACAAGAAGGCUAGACUCUGCGACAAAUGCCAAAGACACACCCCAAUCCCCGUACUACCUCCGGAAAACCUCAAGUCCAUAAGUUCGCCAUGGCCCUUCAGGAAAUGGGGCAUGCAGAUAGUAGAAAAUUCCCCACAGCACCGGGGCAGAGAGUCUUCAUCCUAA